AUGGAUUACGAAAUGGACAUUGAGCCCUCUGGGCCCCAAGUGACAGUGCGAGAGGCGGAACCGUAUCGAGUCGACUUCAAACUCAGCUCCGUCGACCUUGCCUUUGCCAACUCCCUCCGCCGUGUCGUCCUCGCCGAAGUCCCUACCAUCGCAGUCGAUCUAGUGGAAGUCGAAAAGAACACCUCCGUCCUUGCCGACGAAUUCCUCGCCCACCGCCUGGGUCUGAUCCCCCUCAACUCCAAAAACUGCGACCAGGACGUCGAGUACACGCGCGACUGCGAGUGCGAGGACCACUGCGCGCGCUGCAGUGUCACGCUCGUGCUGCACGCGCGGUGCUCCAGCGAGGAUAUCAUGACUGUUUAUGCGCGAGAUUUGGUGGUGAGCGGGGAGCGCGCGAAUGAGUGGGUUGGGAGCCCUGUUAUUACCGACCCCGAGGGCAAGGGUCCUAUCAUCUGUAAGCUGCGGCGUGGACAGGAGGUCAAGAUGACCUGUAUUGCGAAGAAGGGUAUUGCAAAGGAACACGCCAAGUGGGCGCCCACCGCUGCGGUUGGAUUCGAGUAUGACCCGCAUAACAACCUACGACAUGUGGAUUACUGGUACGAGGAGGAUCCGAUUAAGGAAUGGCCCGUCUCUCAAAACGCCGCCUGGGAACACGCCGCUACCCCUGACCAAGCCUUUGACUACGACGCCGUCCCUAACAACUUCUACUUCGACGUCGAAAGUAUCGGUAACCUCGACCCAGACAUGAUCAUCCAGCAAGGCAUUGUGGUUCUCCAACGCAAACUCGCCUCCGCCAUUUCCGCUCUCUCCGGCGCCGGCGACGACGGCGUCGCAGUCCCCGGUGACGAGGAGGACAUGAUGGGCGGCGUCCGCAGCCCGGAUGCCUAUGAGCCCCCCGAGGGCAUCGACGGUGGCUUCACAGCCUACGCAAACGGUGGCUCAAGUGCCUGGGGAGCGAGCGCUGCCACUCCUUACGGCGCAACACCGUAUGGUGCUGGUGGAUAUGGAUUCUAG